AUGUCUAAUGAUAAUAUGAAACUCUUGAACAUGAGCAUAGACGCAGUGCCACAGUGGCUCCGAGCAAUGUUGAAACUACAAUCACAACAAGAAACUCAUGCAAUUUCAAUAUCUACAGAAUUGAAUACAAAAGCGCUGAAAGAACACUUAGAUGCUUCUGCAUAUUUUAAUGCUUCUGAUCUCACUCUCUACUCAUCAUAA